CAUCCUCCUCGAUCGCAACCCAGACCCCCAAACCAGCAUACAGUCGCCACCAUGAAGCUUCACUACAUCGGCGUCAUCCGCAACCAAGAGAAGCCGGCGCACGAGCUCGUCAGCGAGAAGGAGUUGUCCGCCUACUCGCGAUUCACAAAGAACAACUAUGGCGAAUUCAUGACCCUCUUCUCCAAGACGAUCGCCGAGCGCACCGCCCCCGGCCAGCGCCAGUCCGUCGAAGAGCAGGACUACACCUUCCACGCUCUCGGCCGCAGCGAGGGCAUCUGCGGCAUCAUCAUCUCCGACCACCAAUACCCCAGCCUCGUAGCCCACCAGCUCCUCUCCAAGGUCGUCGACGAAUUCCUGGCCAAGCACCCCCGCUCCACCUGGUCCGCCGGCAACCCGACCCUCGCCUUCCCCGAGCUCAAGGACUACCUGUCCAAGUACCAGGACCCCCAGCAGGCCGACAGCAUCCUCAAGAUCCAGAAGGAGCUCGACGAGACCAAGAUUGUCCUGCACAAGACCAUCGAGUCCGUCCUGCAGCGCGGCGAGAAGAUUGAUGACCUCGUCGCCAAGAGCGAUGGCCUGAGCUCCCAGAGCAAAAUGUUUUACCAACAAGCCAAGAAGCAGAACUCAUGCUGCGUGCUGAUGUAGAGAUCGCCGAGGGCCGUAAUCAGUGUGUUCAGGCGAGAACGGACACAU